AUGUCACUGCAAACCUGGGAGUGGGAGGAUGAUGAUCAGUUGAGCACGGAGCCCAUCUCUUCCAUCAAUGACUUCUUCCAAACCGCAAGUGAGCGUGACGUGGAGGAAUACCUCAAGGCCAAGGCCAGGGCCCAGGAGACAGAUACGGACCACCAGUCCAGCAGCCUCAAGUCCUCAAAUGAGUGUUCUAGCACCUUCAAUUCUGACGUGCCACAAGUAGUUUCCUGCAAGUUUAUCAUCUCACUGGCCUUCCCAGCCAAUGCAGGUAAUAAAGGAAAACAUCCAACUGUGAUUGAAAAAUAUAGAAAACAGCCUAAAACAGAAAAACCUACUGCAAAGGUUCGCCGAUUCUACCACAUCGAGUACUAUCUUCUGCCUGAUGAUGAAGAUCCUAAAAAAGUUGACAUGGUACUAUUUCCAGCUGUGACUAAAGUAUUCUCAGAGUCAGGUGUGAAGACCGUGAAGCCAUGGAUUGAAGAUGACAAAAUCUGGGUGUCAUGGACUCAAGCUUUUAGCAUUAAUGUGACGAAGGAAUUAUUAAAGAAAAUAAAUUUUCAUAAAAUAAAUUUGAAGCUCUGGGACACAAAGGACAAAGUUUCAAGAAAAGCCAGGCAUUAUCGAUUAAAGGCUCCUGGUCACUUGGAAGAUAUUGAAUCUUUUGGUAAGUCAGAGGAAGUUAGACAUUUAGUUACGAAUCAGAGAAGAAUGUCUGAAAAGGGCAUUUCUAAAACUAGCAUUAUCAAAGAGGAGUGGAGCCAGGAGCAUCUACCAGGAAAACAAGAAAAAGAAAAACACUUCAAGUCUUUUCAGGGUUCUUACCAAACAGAAUCUGAAACUUCUAAGAACAGCAAGGAAAAUGAAAAAAGGUGGAAUAUUUCAAGAGGACCAAAUGUUUCUUUAGGAGGAAUAACCGUGUUGGAGAUCAAAGAAUUAAUUGAGAAAUCAUCAUUGGGCAGCUUAACAGGCAUGUUAGAUAGGAAAAAGUCUCAAGGUAAAAAGAAAGAUUUUUACAUGAAAAAGAAAAUUCAGAAGAGAAGGCAGCAGUCGCAAGAGGAAACCGACUCCAAGCUGGAAGGCCAUUGGAAGCAGGGUGUCUUCUCCAUCCAGUUGGCACUGAUGCCACUCCUUGCCGGUAGCUGA